UCUUACAAGCAGCAGAGGGUCGAAUCCCUUGUCGCGGUGCAGUUAUCGAGGAGGAUCCUGUUGUCUCGGAACUCCCCAGACUACCGUUUCUCAAGCUUCGACAACAACGACCGGUGAUGUAGAUCAUUUGCUCUCCAGUUCCCCGCUAUUAUGUCGGCUCACAAGGUAGGGUGACAACCUCAGGGCAGACGAAAAAGGUUGUCUGCCCCGGGACUCGUCACGGCCUCCGGCUUACGUAGAGGUCAAUCCUGACGCUUCAGUUUCACAUCACAAAUCAACAACUUUGUUCUCAGUGUUUGGUUGUCGAAGUCGUCAGUCUGAUGGAGGAGUGAACCGGUCCAGCUGGACGAGAGCAAUCACUUAUUUUGCUUGGAGAAUUCGCUCAUCCUUCAGCCUCUAUACACACAGGUAGCGAAGCUGGCGGUGGCAGGAUUCCCCCUCUCGCCACAAGCAUGGGCUUGCUGUCGGUCUCUCCGAAAGGAAGGCCCGAGCCUUUGGGCGGAGCCAUUCGUACAGCAUCAAAUUUUCGGAUUUCGGCGUUCGGUUACGGCAGUGACUCGGCAUCCCGUAGCACCUGUGAAGAAUGGUUAUUCGAUUUCAAAUCGGAGAACAUCCUUGCUGAUGGCUAGCCAAUCGCGUUCGGAGCCGGACUUUGGAAACAAUGUUGAAGAUGAUGAAAGCGGAGACGAAUACGAUGACGAGGACAAUUCAGGUCAAGUGAUGUUCGAGGAGAAUGUGGAAAUCAUAAUGCGAGCAGCGAUGAACUUGUUUCGUAAGUAUUCUUCUAAGGGAAUUCGAGCUAUUAGGGAGAUUUCACCACCGGCGAUAUCCACAGAACUGAUUGCGUUCGGAGUGAAGGGAACGCUGUGCGUGGCUUUUUUAUGGGUAUUCAGGGCGAUACUGGAGAUCUUCUGCUCGAUGGCAACUUAUGUCUUCGCCGGACUUCUCGUCCUGCGAUUGGCUUGGUCUGUGGUGGCGAGCUCCCAACCUCGUGACCCGAGCUGGUCCGCCGACGGGAAUUAGACCAACAGACCGGCACUCGAUACAUGAGUUCCACAUUCUAUUUCGAAUUUGUAAAAUCCUGUGAUAGAAGUUGACCAUAUGUAUAAUUGAACAAAUUUUUAUCUCGACAGCUUGACAUACUCAUCGAACUUUGAUAUGGUUCUUCACACUUUGA